UAGAAAAGCAAACCAAGUGCUGUGUGACUACUGUCCCUCUGCGGCCCCCGUAGACUACAUUGAAACAAAAUGGCUGCCCCUAUUGACAACGAUUUGAUUGAAAGGGAUUUGCCUGCAGCUGUACAGCUGCUGAGGAAUAUCACAGAACAGGUUGCCUCUGUUACAGGUCACGUCCGUGAUCUGAUAACAAAAGUCAAAGAUGGAGCUUUUAGGACAUCAGAGGGUUUGUCUUUCUUGGACCUUCGGUAUCACCUGCUGCUCUUCUACCUUCAAGACCUCACUCACCUGAUCAGCGUCAAAACAGAAGGAGGCCAAAUAAAGGACAGCGAAGCCUUGAACAGACUUGUCACAAUCAGAACAGUCCUGGAGAAGAUGCGACCGCUAGACCACAAACUUAAGUACCAGAUUGAUAAACUGGUGCGCACAGCUGUCACCGGCAGUUUAGCUGAAAAUGACCCGUUGCAGCUGCGUCCUAAUCCUGAGAAUCUCAUCAGCAAAUUGAGUGAAUCUGAGGAGUCUGAAGAUGAAGCUGACAAUACAACAGAGAAGAAAGCAGCCCACUCUAGUGGCAGGAAAUAUGUACCGCCAAAGAUUGCCCCAGUGCAUUAUGACGGUGACAUGACAGAAGCAGACAGGAAGAAGGCUCAGUCUGAGCGCCAGCGGCGAGCUGCCCUCAGAAGCUCUGUGAUCCAGGAGCUGAGACAGCAGUACAGUGACGCCCCAGAGGAGAUCAGGGACAGACGAGACUUCCAGAGCGAGCGGGACAGCCGUGAGGAGCUACACAGGAAAAACUAUGAGGAGUCAAUGAUGGUGCGUCUCAACAUGCCACAGCGGCAGAACAGCGGCAGAAAGAGAGGCGCGAUGUCCAUGUCCGGCCAGCUGAGCGGCAUCACACACUUCGGUGACAUCUCAGCGCUGACGGGCGGCGAGGGCGGGCAGGAUGGGGAUAACUCUCGUCCCAAGAAAAAGAAGAAAAUCAUGAAGAAAAAAACCAAAAGAAAAGCUUUUAAGAAGCACAGAUAAACCUGAUGUCCACUGAUUGAAGACCAAUGAUGACACAAAGAAGAUUUCCUACCAACAGCCAUCAUCACUUUAGUUCUGUUUCAGAGGAGUGUGUUUUCCAUUAAGUCAGUUGUGCUAGUUAUUAAUUCCCCACUUCAGUAUGAUUUUUUUUUCAUUAAGUUUGUGAAAUAAACAUUU